ACACAUUAAUUGGAUCCUAACCAAGAAGUCUUUUCUCCAGGCCAAACAGUACCAGAGCUCUCAGUCUUUCCUCCCAGGACAGAAGGUCUGGUCCCUUUAUCCUCUUUGUGCCCCUUUGGUAGAUUCUCCUCAGUAUGUCCCUGUCUCCCUUGUACAGAUGCAGCUGAGAUGUUGACUUGGAGGGACUUGAGGAAUGCCAGCUCUCAGGGCCUGCUUUGUGUCUCAAGCACAGUCACACCGGUAUUGAGUAUAGACAGUUCCCAGUUAAAAGUGUAACUGUCCAAAGCUCACAAAGCUUCCUUUUCAAACCCGCACUGUCCACAUCUACAUCCUGUCUCACACCAGAUGGGCUGCCAGUUUGCCAUAUCCAUUGCUUUAUCCCACUUUUCACCUCGUACUCUCACUAUUCACCUAUUUUGCCUUGUGCUGUCACCAUCCUGCUGCCUCUGCCCUGAAGGGAGCUCCUCAGAGCAGCACAAAUCCUCUCAAUUCCUGCAUCGGGGUAACCACACCCUUUUGCAUUGGCAACAAUUAGAGUACCCCUGAACUUUGUGAUUAAUCACCUUUUCCAUUAGCAGGUGUUCUUGAGACAUCCUCCAUCAGGUUAGAAAAUGAAAGCUGCUGCAGUUCCGCUGCUCUCCAUUCUGUUGUAAACUUGGUUAUCUUAGCAGCUGGAAAUAGAGGUAGCAGCUUCAUAUUUCUUGUCUUCUGAAUAUAGCCUCAGGCUUCCUGUUUCACAGCCCUGUUGUUCAACAGCCUGAUCGAAACCUCCUUUUGUGCACACUCCUUGCUUUGGCAUGGAGGCAAGCAGAUCAGAAAUUUCUGCAGUUGAUGAGAGCGAGGAGGUAACGUAUACUUCUGUCAGAUUCUCUCAGACUCCUCCUCCAAGGCCCAAUGCUCCACAGGAGAAAAGAGCUCCCCGUCUGUGGUCAGCAGUUCUGAAGGGCUUGGCCAUAGGUUUUGGCACACUGAGUAUCUCCCUGGCAAUUGCUUUGAUUUGGAAGAUGAGCGACUGCCACCCACACUGCCCUCUAGAGUGGGUGGCCUACAGAGGGAGCUGCUACUCCUUCUCCACGGAGAAGAAGGACUGGAAUUCCAGCCAGGAAUCCUGCCGGGCACAGGGAGCUCACCUCCUGGUGAUCAAUGAUGCCUUGGAGAUGGAUCUGUUCAAGCAUAUUCAAGAAAAACAUUUCUGGAUUGGACUGAGGAACAGUACAAGCUCUGGAUGGAUUUGGGAGGAUGGCUCUGUAUUAAGUGAUACCAGGGUCCACUCUAACAGCCCUGUGCAAAAUUGUGCUGUCCUGAAAAAAGAUCAGUUUCAUGCCUCCAGCUGUGCAGUUUUGUUUCAGUGGAUCUGUGAGAAAACACUUAGAUAAAUCCCAUGUGCUUUUUCAUCUCACAACGACCUCAUCAGCAGUAUGAGUUGAUCAUUGCCCUGCAAACUGAAGCCUCAUACAGGACCAAGGACUUGCCUUUUCCAUACCCUCACUAAAGUGUUUUACAAGGACAGGUUUGUUGUCCAAUUACUCUCAGUAUAGAUUUAUUCUCAGCCCACAAGUGUUGGAUUACUGCUCUUUGCGACCAGAGGAGACCUGGGACAUAUUCCCUGGCCUACUCUUUCCCUUAUUUAUCCAAUAAAGGCAAAUAAAAGCUUUGUCACAACAGGUGUCUUCAGACCUCUGAGGGGGAUCUAGUCAUUUUCCCACACUUUUAAGUAUCAGAUUACAUUUUCAUUCCCUGCAACUCCAUUGUCUGAUAUCAGAAGGACGAGGAAAGGAGGCAUGCUAAUCACUGACAGAAACAUAUAAACAUAUUUCUCCUAGUGGCAGCUUCUCCUUUUGCAUGCCAGUGGUAUGAGUGGGAGAGAAGAGGUUGAAAUGAAACUGCAGCUUCUGUAA